CGAGGAUAUCCCGGCUUAUCAGAGGGCGCUAAUCUUAUCAGCCCAUCUUCACCCCGCCCUCGACCUGGACUUCAACACCACAACCUCGAGCCGCCUGCUUACAGCCGUCCUCAGAGCUAUGUGGACUAUCUGAUGCUCACGCAUUGUACAUGUCGCUAGUGCAGAUCUCCAGUGCCGAAUGCGCGCCCAAUUAUCUUCCUGUACCGUCUUCGAGACGAGGGUCGAUACCAAGGCUUGAGGCUGGAACGUCGAGGUCAAGAUGCCUCGAAAGAAGAAGCCCGGCGCGCCAGAGCCCAAACGGAGAAGUCGAACUGGUUGCAAGUGAGUUCAGUUUCAUUUGAUCGCCUACAUUAUGGAAAUGCAGAGGUGGACAAAGUGAAUAAUGAUCAGCUUGGAGAACGACUCCAAGUCAUGUGGGAUGUGCUAUAGAGUGUGGCUACAGGAUCUCCCUGAGCUUCAUUCAAAGAUAGACCAUGUGUCCAGGAUCAGUUCGUUUCUCGACUGCAAACUCAUAUCUCAAUCAAAAUUGCACUGCUUCUUGCGGUCCGAAUGUAUUGCCCCCGAUCACAAGCUAACUCUCACUACUUAGUCCUUGCAAAAUAAGGAAAGUCAAAUGCGAUGAACGACGCCCUACUUGUCUCAAUUGCGAACGGCAGAACGUCAAAUGCGAUUUCCAUCUCAAAUUGAAAUGGCAGACUGGCCCUCCUGAGGUGCAAACCGACUUUUCUUCAAGUCUCAUCAAGUUCCAACAUGCAGGGCUGAUAUACCCACCGCAGGAGAGUUCCACUGCGGACUCGACGCCUUCUCCUUCUGCCAAUGAGCUCCCCAUGACCUUUCGUGAUAUGGCGCUUCCAAGGCUCCCAUCCUUUGGACGACCAGAAAGCCCCACCGUCUCGGGAGCCAGCCCCUUCUCCGCUUCUUACCCUCCUCCGAUUCCUCCUGUCCCUCCUGUCCAGGCGCCUCCGAUGCCGUUAGACCCUGCUCUCAUGAGAGAUUUCGUUCCUCCACUGUCACCCAUGCCCGCCCAAGGAACUAGGUACGCGGAAUCAUAUGAAAGAUACUUGGCAAGAGUCCAAGGGACCGGGUCAUCGAUGCAGGGGCAAGCGCCAGUAUCGGCCGUUUCGAGGGUUCGGGAUACUGCUCAAGAGGAUUCCUCAACACCUAGUGAUUAUGACAUCAGAAGUCCGAGUGUUGAUACCUUUUCCAAUCGGAGCGCCACCUUCCCAGCUUUGGAAAGCCCUGCUACAACUCCUCCAUUCUUCGUUGGCACAGGGGAUGACAUAUCAGAUAUCCCUGGCCGUGACAGACCUCGGAAACGCAUGCGUAUCAAAUCUGGGUCUGAAUUCGGGGGCGUUUAUGACACUUCUAUGCCACCCCCAAGUGCGGGUUCUUUACAAUCCUAUCAUGUGGACCAGUCCGCUUCCUAUCAUACUCCAGGAUCAGCCAGCAAUCCGAUGACCCCAGCAUCUGAGAAUGGGGACGACUUCUACAGGCAAUAUACUACAAAGUCAUCACCACAUCUUUCACAGGAUUCCCCAGAUCUCAGGCGACUGUCGGUAAACUCACUACUAUCUGGGCCGCCUGGAAUACCAGCUCCUAGGAGCAUUCCAGACUCUCAGGAUUGGUCAGGUCAAUACCAAGAUAUCUUUUCCGAUACAAUAACAUGGGGAGUCGACCGGGGAUUCAAAGAUCUGGACGUUGGAGAAAAUGACGAUAUUAACGCAAUCUCGGGCUCAUCACCAUUACUGUCUCGAGACCACUUGGAGUACACUAUUGACGGUGACGGCAGCUCUACUCCGAUCGAGUUCGGUUUCGGCAUGGAGACGAACAGCUCUGCCUUUGCAAGCGGGAGCUAUUAUGACAAGCCAGUAUCCAUUCGUAUCCCUCGUUGGUAUGGGGAGCUACCUGCCAAGCUCAGAGAUUAUCCGAUGAACCUUUUAUAUUUCCAUCAUUUUAUAAAUCAUACUGCGGGUUGUUUAGUACCCCACAACUGCUCAUCUAACCCUUUCAAGAGUAUUUUACCACAGAUGGCUCUCCAAGAUGACAACCUGCUCAAUCUCCUCUUGGCAUACUCAGCCUCCCACAGGGCUCGUUUACUUAGACAGCCUGAACCAGAAGUGCGCAUUGCCCUCUGGGUUCAAGAUAUAUUUCCAAAUCUACGCAGAGCUUUGGAUGACCCUAACCAAAUUAUCUCCAAUGCAAACUUUGCAACUGCAAUAAUGCUUGCAUCUCUAGAGAUUAUUUCUCCGAAGGCAUUCGGAGUGGAGGUUCCGUGGCAAAAUCAUCUCGAUACAGCUCGUCAAAUGAUUACUGCAAGAGGAGGUGCACAGAAUGUUCAGACGGCCUCACGUGGAGACAAAGUUUUGUCCUUCCUUUGGAGUUGGUUCGCAUAUCUCGAUGUACUGGGCAGCUUGAGUGGUGGGAAGGCUAACGCCUCGACAUUAUCUUGGGUUCCCGAUAUUGACAGCAAUGACGAGAACGACUAUCAGAUUGAUUGUAUACUAGGCUUCACCAGCAAAUGUGUCCGCCUUCUUGCUACAGUUGCUGAGCUUUCUCGCGUCUGUGACAUUGAGCGAAUCGGUCCGGACCAUGAGAUCAUUGCUACUUGGGAACCUUCGGAUGACAUAAUCAAGCGCGCACAAAAGCUAGAGAAAGACCUUGCUGAAUCUCUACUUCAUCCAGCGAAACCAUGUAAUCAUAUGCAGUCAAGUGGAGAAGCUGCUUACCAAUGGGACAGUCUUGAAAUGACUGCUACCAACGAGGCUUUUCAUUGGGCAGGUCUGGUACAUUUGCACAGAAGAAUCAUGGGUAAAGAGUCAAAGCAUUCAGACGUACAGCACGCCGUACGUGAGAUAUUUGGCGCGCUUUAUAAGGUCCGCCGUGGCAGUAGUGCAGAAGCAUGCCUACUUUUCCCCAUGUUCACCGCUGGCUGCGAUACCCAGGACGAAAGACAGAGAGCAGAUAUUUUAGACAGAAUCAAGGGAAUGGAGAUGGUUGGCAUGACACAAAUCCACAAAGCUCGUGCUCUGAUGGAACGAGUCUGGGAAACAGGAAAACCAUGGGAGACUCUCGUUGCAGGGGAGUUUUUUGGAUGAGGGGCACGCUGUUAAACGAUACAUUAUCGAAAAUUCAAACACGAUAUCAAAAUAUGUCGGAAACAUGGUAAAGUUCCAAGCUAGUCACUAGCCUGCCCUUAGCUAUGCUACCACUUAGCGAAGGUAUAUAAUAUCGCAAAUUCCUGAAAUCACACUAGUUUCUUGACAAACCAUAUGCCGUUGUAUUGCUUGUCGUCCUGAGCACGACAUAAAAAGGCUCCGUUGGGUGUAAUGGUCUGAUCAAAUAUUCCAUCACUCAUCGGCGGGGUAUGCAUAUGGAGAAUUGAGUAUUUGCCCCAUGGCAGAAAAAGGACAAACGGAACCUGCUUUUGUAGGACCUACCGUGUCGCCUGGUCGGCUCGUCUUGUCAGGGAAGUAAGGAGUUACUUGGAGCAGCUUUUAUUGGUAAAUGGAGGCUCAAAUCCCGGGACACACUUUCAGAUUCGUACAGAGUUACACGUAUUUGGCGGGAUUCUUUCUGAAGGAGAUAAGCGUGAUAGUAAGAAUGGCGACCGGGAACAUGAGACCUGGGCUUUGUUUCACACAUCCUUAGCUAUUGUGUUGAGCGUCCGAUAGUCAUUACUUUGCUCCGGAGCCAGCAUCUCGGACUCGGCCGAGGAGAAUCUUUGCACGCACGAUGUGCGCUAACGCCAAAUAUCGAAUGUCGCACUUAGGCUCAACUUUGGAGUAUCAAGUGGUUGACUGUGGGGUGGAUGGUCACGUCUUCCUCUCGGGAUUUAGGGUUCCGAGAAAAACCCUACGUUGGAGGGAUCAAUAUGAAUUCUUUAUAGCAUACCGCAAGUUGAGAGAGCGGCAGUCUACCAAGUUCCAGGUUGGUGAACUGUCUCUCUCAACUAGUCGUCGCGAGCAGCGCGAUUAGUAGUUCUUGAAAAUGCUGGGCUUGUCUGUCAAGGAGGAGGAAUGUUGUGGAUCAUUUAGAUCUGUGUCGGAGUCACGAUUGGAACUCAGCUGCUUUUGGAGUGCUGGGUGCUCGUGAGAUGGAUUCAGCAUCUAGGUGUAAGCCAGCCUACUAAAUCGAAAGCACGAAAAAGCAUGACUAACAAGCCCAAAGGCCUGCAAGGUACCUUCGAGUUGAAAUCCUUGGCCAGUCUCACAAGCACAAGAUGUGUUGGUCGUCUUCCACCACGAGAGGAGCUAUCUGCUGUUAGCUCGCUCGAACUGCGAAACCACAAACACAACACACACAUCGAAACUAUGCGACACAACACAACACACUCGCCCCUACUUCUCCUUGUCUGCUACAGAUCUGCCGCAUGUAAAAACAAGCGGCACGCAGGUUUUCACGCUGGAAUGAGUUUCCUGCGACGCAUUAACCGGAUGAUCCGAGGAAAGCUUGAUCGGUUGUACCGGCCUACUCUCGACCGCACUUACACUUGCUCGAGGGGUCCCAGCAUGAACGCAUGUGCAUCCUACCUUUAUAGGGUGUCAUGUUUUGAUGACAUUUAUUUUUUAUGUCUUAUGUUUGUAUAUGUCCGCGUCGCGGUGUUUUGACGAAAGAAAAGCGAAAGCACAGAGAAAAACAGAUGAAAAGAGAAAAUCCAGAAGAGGUGACGACGAAAUGCUUCCAUGACUUGACGAGACGAGAUAGUCGCACAUGUUCUGUACUGUACAGCAGGCACAUGUGUGUGGACGACCGCUAUUUUGGUUUCUGGCUUUUGAAGGAGUUAUGGAGAUGUGGAGUUUGAUCAUUUUCUGAGGCGGAAAAAAAAAGGAAACACAACUGACAACGGGGAGUCUGAGGCUGUUUGUUGGAUCUAAAUGCGGCAGAGAUAUUGGUCGAGGCUGUAUUGGUACCGUAGGUCUUUCGAAAUGAACACUCGGCUUGCUUCCCAUCUUUUGGUUCUAGCUUUGUUUCGGCCGUGAUUGUGAUGUGAUAUGUGGAUAGUGGAAGAGGGAGAGGUAGCCCUUUUGAGCUUUAUGCUCUUCUGUUCGAGGAUGCUGGAUAACCGCCCAAAGGAACGGUAAGGAUAUUGACAAUCAGAUGGCCGAAUC